GGAAGUCUCACGUCCUGAGCCGGUGGCCGGGGAACCCACGUGUAGAGGGCUUGGGGUCGCGGUCCGCGGAGGCUAGCCGGCCGGAGGCGCGAUGGGGAAGCUGCGCCGGCGGUAUAACGUCAAGGGGCGGCAGCAGGCGGCCCCCGGCCCCUCGAAGAGCGCCCCCGAGCCGCCUCCCGUGCGGCUGGAACUGGAGGACAAGGGCACGUUGAAAGGCGUGGAUGAGAGCAACGCGCUUGUCCUGCCCGGGAGGAAGAAGAAGAAGACCAGAGCCCCGCCCCCGCGGAAGGAGAGGAAGCCGCUGAGCAGGAAGGAGAGGAAGGCCCUGCAGAGGGUCCUGGAGCAGAAGGAGAAGAAGAGCCAGCGAGCGGAGCUGCUGCAGAAGCUGAGCGCGGUGCAGGCGUCCGAGGCCGAGAUGAAGCUGUUCUACACCACGUCCAAGCUGGGCACCGGGGAGCGCUUGUACCUCCGCAGAGACAGGAAGUCCGACGAGGCAGCAGCCCAGGGUCAGAAGAUCAGCAGCCUCGGUGGGGCCCACCGGAAGCGCCGUCGCCAGCCGUCGGCAGAGGAGGGAUCUGCUUCCUCGGCGUCCUCAGCGGAGUCUGAGCCUGACGAGGCCCCGGCCUCUGAGCUGCCUAGUGCAGAGACAGUGGCAGUGCCUCUGACGCCAGCUUUGCCAGGGCCCAAGGACCAGAGCCUGGCACCCCCCUGCCAGCCCACUGCGUCCGGGACCCCUGCUCCUGCAGCCGCGGCGCUGCCCAGGCCGCCGGCGAAGCCCGCUGUGUUCGUCCCCGUGCACCGCUCCCCUGAGAUGCAGGAGGAGCGGCUCAAGCUCCCUAUUCUCUCUGAAGAGCAAGUGAUCAUGGAGGCAGUGGCCGAGCACCCCAUCGUCAUCGUGUGCGGCGAGACCGGCAGUGGGAAGACGACACAGGUGCCCCAGUUCCUGUACGAAGCAGGCUACAGCAGCGACGACGGCAUCAUCGGCGUCACCGAGCCCCGCCGAGUGGCUGCCAUGGCCAUGUCCCAGAGGGUGGCCAAGGAGAUGAAUCUGUCGCAGCGGGUCGUCUCCUACCAGAUCCGGUACGAAGGGAACGUGACCGAAGAGACGAGGAUCAAGUUCAUGACGGACGGGGUGUUGCUCAAGGAAAUCCAGAAGGACUUCCUGCUGCUGAAAUACAAGGUGGUGAUCAUCGAUGAGGCCCACGAGAGGAGCGUGUACACCGACAUCCUCAUCGGCCUGCUGUCCCGCAUCGUGUCCCUGCGGGCAAAGGCCUGUCCCCCACAGAGGCACCUGCCGCUGAGGCUGCUCAUCAUGUCGGCCACGCUGCGGGUAGAGGACUUCACCCAGAACCAGCGGCUCUUCGCCCAGCCGCCCCCCGUCAUCAAGGUGGAGUCCCGGCAGUUCCCGGUGACGGUGCAUUUUAACAAGAGGACCCCACUGGAAGACUACAGUGGCGAGUGCUUCCGGAAGGUGUGCAAGAUCCACCGGAUGUUGCCUGCAGGUGGCAUCCUGGUGUUCCUGACAGGGCAGGCCGAGGUGCACGCUCUGUGCCGCAGGCUCAGGAAGGCCUUCCCACCUGCCAGGCCCCAGGCCAGAGAAAAGGAAGACGAGAAAGACUCGGCGGAAGAAAUGCGGAAGUUCAAGAAGUCGCGGGCAAGGACGAGAAAGGCUCAGGCUGGCUCGACACUGCCCCCGAUCAACCUGGAUAACUACUCGGUGUUGCCGGCGGGCGAGGGCGAUGAGGACCGGGAGGCAGAGAUGGACGACGAGGAGGCGGCCCUGGGCUCCGACCUCGAUCUGGACUUGGGGGAUGACGAGGCCGACGGAGGCGAGCAGCCGGACCCCUCCCUCCCCCUCCACGUGCUCCCGCUCUACUCGCUGCUGGCCCCAGAGAAGCAGGCGCAGGUCUUCAGGCCACCCCCAGAGGGCACUCGGCUGUGUGUGGUGGCCACCAACGUGGCCGAGACGUCCCUCACCAUCCCCGGCAUCAAGUACGUGGUGGACUGCGGCAAGGUCAAGAAGCGCUACUAUGAUCGUGUCACGGGUGUGUCCUCCUUCCGUGUCACCUGGAUCUCCCAGGCGUCGGCCGACCAGCGGGCAGGCCGGGCGGGCCGGACAGAGCCCGGCCACUGCUACAGGCUGUAUUCGUCUGCAGUGUUUGGUGACUUCGAGCAGUUUCCUCCUCCAGAAAUCACCCGGAGGCCCGUGGAAGACCUGGUCCUGCAGAUGAAGGCGCUGAGCAUAGAGAAGGUCAUCAACUUCCCCUUCCCGACGCCCCCCUCUGUGGAGGCCCUGGCUGCUGCCGAGGAGCUGCUGAUCGCACUGGGGGCCCUGCAGGCCCCCCAGAAAGCAGAAAGGGUGAAGCAGCUGCAGAGCUCGAGGCUGAGCUGCCCCAUCACGGCGCUGGGCAGGACCAUGGCCACCUUCCCCGUGGCACCCCGCUACGCCAAGAUGCUGGCCCUGAGCCGGCAGCACGACUGCCUGCCCUACACCAUCACCAUCGUGGCCGCCAUGACUGUGCGGGAGCUGUUCGAGGAGCUGGACAGGCCAGCUGCCAGCGACGAGGAACUCGCUGUGCUGAAGGACAAGCGGGCCCGGGUGGCCCAGAUGAGGAGGACGUGGGCGGGGCAGGGAGCGUCCCUGAAGCUUGGUGACCUCAUGGUGCUGCUGGGCGCUGUAGGAGCCUGCGAGUACGCCGGCUGCUCACCCCGGUUCUGUGAAGCCAACGGACUGCGGUACAAGGCCAUGCUGGAGAUCCGGCGCCUGCGGGGCCAGCUGACCACUGCAGUCAACACCGUGUGCCCCGAGGCCGAGCUCUUCGUGGAUCCGAAGAUGCAGCCUCCCACCGAGAGCCAGGUGACCUACCUGCGGCAGAUCGUGACAGCCGGCCUGGGCGACCACCUGGCCCGCAGGGUCCAGAGCGAGGAUCUCCUGGACGACAAGUGGAGGAACGGCUACAAGACCCCUCUCCUGGACGAGCCCGUCUUCAUCCACCCCAGCUCCGUCCUCUUCAGAGAGCUCCCCGAGUUCGUGGUCUACCAGGAAAUCGUGGAGACCACCAAGAUGUACAUGAAAGGUGUCUCCACCGUGGAUGUCCAGUGGAUCCCGGUCCUGCUGCCCUCCUACUGCCAGUUUGACAAGCCCCUGGAGGAGCCAGCCCCCACCUACUGCCCUGAGAAAGGCCGGGUGCUGUGUCACCGUGCCAGCGUGUUCUAUCGCGUGGGCUGGCCACUUCCCGCCGUGCAGGUGGACUUUCCGGAGGGCGUUGACCGCUACAAGCACUUUGCCCGGUUUCUGCUGGAAGGGCAGGUCUUCCGCAAGCUGGCGGCGUACCGGAGCUGUUUGCUGUCCAGCCCCAGCACAAUGCUGAAGACGUGGGCCAGGCUGCAGCCCAGGACACAGAGUCUGCUGAGCGCCCUGGUGGCCGAGAAGGCCGACUGCCGCGACGCCCUGCUGGCCGCAUGGAAGAGAAGCCCCCAGUACCUGCUGACCCAGUACUGCGAGUGGCUCCCGCAAGCCAUGCAUGCCGACGUCAAGAAGGCCUGGCCCCCAGCCUCUGACCGCUGAGCCGACGCCUGCCGCUGCCGAGGACUGGGGACAGGGAGUGGCAGUACACUGCCGCUGGAACCACCUGGCACGGUCACCUGACCACCCCCUGCUCACCAAGGCCCUGGACGAGCCUCGUCCAUCCCACGUGGAUUCUGGACGAGCCCGUUGGCCUGGACACUGGCCCUGGCUGUGUGUCUGGGGUGCUGCCUUGAGACUGUCCCAUGGUGGGUGAGGACUUCAGGUCACAGGUGGUCCCUGUGGUGAGGACGCUCUCUGCACUACGCUCACCCCUCAGGGAGCACGGCCCCAGGGUGUCUACAGGCCCUUCCCCGGCUCCACAGUCAGGAAGGGGGCCCAGGGCCACCCUGAAUGGGCCAAGAGAAAAAGACCUCCCCCCUCUUUUUUUCUAUGAGGUGGGAAGGAGGGGGCAGAGGAGGUCCCCGGGAGAGGAGGAACGGGAAGACCCCUCAGGACCAAGGGGUCAGGAGCUCUGCCCCUCUGCCAUCCACUCUGGGGGCCCAGCAUCUCCCCAGAGCCACGCUCUGGUCUGGGUGGCUUCUGUCCCAGGCGUCCUAGUUGUGGGCUGUGGUAGGAGCGGUUGUUGAAUAAAAACGCUUGUGCCACUCAGGUUGUGCUGUGCAGUGACUCAGGGAGAGAGACUCGGGGGCCUGGCCUGAGUUGUCAUCCCAGCCCCUUCCUGAACCCCCCGGGGGUGGGGGGCUUCUCACCUGCCAGGCUGCCCCCCACCCCAUGUCCGCGUGCCUGCUCACGCUGCAUCCAGCUUCCUGCUGAUGUCCCUGGGGAAGUGGCCGGUGAUGGCUCAACUGCUUGGGCCCUGCCACCCACGUGGGAGACCCGGAUGGUGUUCUCGGCCCCUCACUGCAGCCUGGCCAGACCUGGCAUGGCCACGUGAGGGAGUGGACUGAGAUGGAGGAUCUCUGUGUCAAGGUGUGUGUCCGUCUUUCCCUCUCUGUU